AUCCAUCUCUUGUUGUUGUUUCUCUAGUCUCCACUCUCAAGUCUCAGCUACUACUUUGUUAGUUGUUUACCUUCAUUUUCUCUCUCCUCAAACAUCUCUUUAUCAUUAUCAGUGACACCACCCACCGUCGUUUUCUUUGAAAGAAACCCUUGUCAACAAAACACAGUUCAUGUGAAACUUAGUAGUAGUAUAUCAAAGAGAUCUAAUGUAUUAUAUAUGUGCCAUCACUUUUUAUUAUUAUUUGAGGUGGAACCAACAUUGUUUUUAAUAAAAGGCCCACUUUGCUUCUGAUUCAGCAUUUCAUUGUGUUUGAUUUGAUGUGUGAGGACCAGGCUGAAGAAAUUUUUUGUGGGUUUUCCCUGCUGAGCUGUUUCUGAUAAGUUUUGGACCGUUGGUGCCUAAUUUAGUCAGUUUUGGGUUUUUCUUAUUUGUUGCUAAAAAUGUUGUCUUGUUGAUAGUAGUGUAUGUUUAUUUGGGUAAAUUUUUGAAAAUUUAUGAUUUGUUUUAUGCAAGGGAGUUGAUCAUAAUUGUAGGUUUGGGUGGAUUAAUGGAUAUGUCAUUAAUUGGAUGGAGUGAUUGAACUUGGAAGUGGGGUUCAGAAAUGUGUUGGUAUUACUGGGGUGGAAUAGGUGGGUGGCAAUUGCUUUGCUUUGAGUGAUAACUGAAGCAGAUUUUGGGGUAGUGUUGGAUUUAAGGAAAAUGUGGCACUUAUGGAUUUCUUCUCUUAAUUUGGAAAUCUUUUGGGAUCUUGGGUGAUUAUUAUUUUGAUCAUGACUAGGGCUGUUCGCAAUAGGAUUCUCAAAGAUGCCAAUGGUGAUAUUAGUGACCAUCUGCGCAACCACAUACAUUUGACAAACUGUAUUCAUUUGAAAAAUCACAUGCAUAAGCAUAGUCCGAUGUUGCAUGAUAGGUCCCUUAUGAGGGACCUUAUUGUGCUUCAAAGGUCUCGUUCGCUUAGGGAUCCUUCGGCUAGCCCCCCACCAUGGCAUUCUCCUGUCAUAGCUGAUCUGUUGUCCAAAGAUGGGGAGCUGUUUGAGAAUGGAAGACGAUCGACUGGUGAGCAUUCAAAGGAUGGAGGAAGGUUAUCUCGCUGUUCCCCACCUCUUGAGAGUCCUGAGGUUGGGGAGACUAAUUACCAAGCAGCAUUAGGCAGUGAGUAUAGUAGCAAGAGCGGAGCACGGGAUGUUAGAAGGGAUAGAGAGAAAGAAUCCAGCUGUAAGAGUGACCUGUCUGGUGGUUACCAGGGGACUCGUCCUUAUGAGAACGGAAAAGAGUUGUCCCAAGGGGUUUCUGGAAAUUCUGACCGGAAAAGUAGAAAGAGCACUCCAACAGGGAAAUGCAGCCAAGAGGGUCGCCCCAAUCUGUCACAACAGUUGCAUGAGAUGACAAUGGAUAGUGAUGGUGUACACUCUUCUAACAAACAUCGUAAUGGGAGGAAUUCAAAAUCGGAAAAGGUUUUGGAAGAAGCGGAACCUAGCGUUCGUGGUACCUGCAGUGGUUUUAAUAAUGUGAGGAGGCGUAAGUUUCGGAGACUAAAAAGAACACCAGGUGCCAAUGCACCGAGGGAUACCAGGGCUCAAAAGGAUAUAUCCGUGGCUUCAAAUUCAUCAGUAAAGGGUGUGGUGCAGCAGAGGCAUCCAAUGCAAGAGGGAGAAGAGGAAGUAGGUGAGCAUAAUGUUUCGAGGGCUCCACGAAAUGGAUGUGGGAUACCCUUUAAUUGGUCAAGGAUUCAUCACAGGGGUAAGUCAUUUCUUGAUAUGGCUGGUAGAAGUUUAUCAUGUGGUCUGUCUGAUCCAAGGUUAAAAAGAGGUGAUCAAAUGCCCCAAGGACGAGAUGCUUCUGAUUUUCCUGCAGUGUCAGAGCAGUCGAGCUCAUCUAGUAAAUCGAAUGGUGAGGCUUUGCCUUUACUGGUUGAAGGAUCUGGAUCACUGAGCUCGGAUAAUGCUGCUUGGACCCAUGAUUACUCUGGUGAGCUUGGCAUAUUUGCUGAUAGCCUUUUGAAGAAUGGAAUUGAAUCUGACCUUGAUUCUGAAGCUAGGUCUGGUAACCAACGCAAGUUGAGAGGGGGACGCGCUGCUAGACAUCAGAGCUUGACGCAGAGAUACAUGCCAAGAACUUUCAGAGAUUUGGUUGGCCAGAACCUGGUUGCACAGGCUCUUUCUAAUGCCAUUGUUCGGAAGAAGGUGGGUUUGUUGUAUGUCUUCUAUGGGCCUCAUGGAACAGGGAAAACAUCCUCUGCACGUAUAUUUGCAAGAGCUUUGAAUUGCCAGUCGCCUGAACAUCCCAAACCCUGCGGCUAUUGUGGUUCUUGCAUUGCGCAUGAUAUGGGUAAAAGUAGAAGUAUUAAAGAAGUUGGUCCUGUGAGUAAUUUCGACUUUGAGAGCAUUAUGGAUUUGCUUGAGAGUAUGAUGUUGUCUCAGCAGGCAUCUCAGUACAGAGUAUUCAUAUUUGAUGAUUGUGAUACGCUUUCCCAUGAUUGCUGGAGUGCAAUAUCCAAAGUCAUUGAUCGAGCACCUAGGCGUGUUGUUUUUGUCCUCAUUUGUUCGAGUCUGGAUGUUUUACCCCAUAUAAUAAUUACCAGGUGCCAGAAGUUUUUCUUUCCCAAAUUGAAAGAUGCAGAUAUUAUAUAUGCUUUACAGUGGAUUGCUACCAAAGAAGGUCUAGACAUCGAUAGGGAUGCACUGAAGCUUGUUGCAUCCAGGUCAGAUGGUUCUUUGAGAGACGCAGAGAUGACGCUCGAGCAAUUAAGCUUAUUGGGGCAGAGAAUCUCAGUGACUUUGGUUCAGGAAUUGGUUGGUCUGAUAUCUGACGAGAAGUUGGUAGAUCUACUUGACUUUGCUCUGUCUGCAGACACAGUUAAUACAGUCAAGAACCUGAGAGAAAUCAUGGAAAGUGGUGUCGAGCCAUUGGCUUUGAUGUCCCAACUGGCUACUGUUAUAACUGAUGUACUAGCUGGUACAUACAACUUCAAACAAGAAAGACGUAGAAGGAAAUUUUUUCGGCGACAACCAUUGUCCAAGGAAGAUAUGGAAAAACUUCGUCAAGCAUUAAAAACUCUUUCAGAAGCUGAGAAGCAGCUAAGAAUGUCUAAUGAUAAACUGACUUGGCUAACGGCCGCAUUGCUUCAACUUGCUCCGGAUCAACAGUAUAUGUUGCCCAGUUCCUCUGCAGAAGACACGAGUUUCAAUCACAGUCCAUUUCCCCAGAAUGAUGGGAGGGCUGUAACCAGAAAAGGUGGCAUGGAGCGGGCCAUAGUAUACAAUAAUGGGAGACGUUUGUCUACAGAUGGUGGUAUGGAAAAGCAUCUUGAAGGAAGCCCUGGUGGUACUCAUGAUGGUAGCAAGGUAUCAGGCAACAGAAGGCAAGGUGUUAGGAAUGCUUCUCAGGCAAAUUCCGCAUAUGAUGAUGCUAUGGGCGUAAAUGGGAAGCGAGGUAAAGGUCAUACGGAGAUUGAAGACAUCUGGUUGGAGGUGCUAGGGAAUAUCCAAAUUAGUUGCAUAAAAGAGUUCAUGUAUCAAGAAGGAAAGUUGAUCUCUGUCAGUUAUGGUGCAGCUCCAACUGUGCAAAUGAUGUUCAGUUCACCUCAGACCAAAUCCAAGGCAGAGAAAUUGAGGGCUUAUAUUCUGCAAGCAUUUGAAUCUGUACUUGGGUCCCCAGUUACCAUUGAUAUAAGAUCUGAAUCAAGAAUAGAUGUAAGAUCAGGGGGUCAUGCAUCACUGGUGUUGCCACCAUCUCAAGAUGUAUAUGGUGGUUCUAGCAGAAUGAUUUCACAAAACAGGGUUAAUUCUGGGACUAGUGAAAUUGUCGAACUAGCGGGCUCUCCAAGGGAGCAAAAGUUUAGUGACCAUAUUGAUAUUCAUGGGCAAUCAGAUAAUAGAAAUCUUCGAAGUACUCAACAUCCUGACUCAUCAGUUUUACCUGAAAGGGGAAGAUUUGGGGAGCAAAAUCAGUGUAGGAGCCUGGUAAGAGGCAAAGUCUCUCUUGCCCAUGUCAUUCAGCAGGCAGAAGGAUCCACGCAACGCAGUGCAUGGACAAAACGCAAGGCUGUAUCUAUUGCUGAAAAACUGGAGCAAGAGAACUUGAGGCUGGAACCUAGAUCGAGAAGCUUGUUAUGUUGGAAAACAUCUCGAACGACACGGCGGAAGCUAUCACGAUUGAAGAUUCGGGCUCGAAGACCUCAUUCAUUGCUGAAGCUUGUAUCGUGUGGAAAGUGUCUCUCCUCUACGUCGCCGAGAUAAAUGUUAUGGCUGUUGAGGCUUCCCUGUCCAUCUCAUUGUAUUUCUAGAUUAGUUUAUCUGUUUUCUUGCAAUUAUAAUUUCAAUUGUACCACUUAGAUAGGCUCGUAAUAAACGGCUAGGCAAAUAGGGUAGAGCAGUUGUAUCUUUGUUACCUUCAUUCAUGGCUACGGAAAUCAAUUUUAUGCUAUAGUUCCAGUUCAAGUUUUACCCA